GCGUUCUCGCGCCAGCCAAUGAAACCUGGAAGCGGAAGCCGUCGGAGGGCUGCCAAGAUGGCUGCGUCCAUGUCGCUGCUCUCCGGCUGCAGGCGGCUGGUGUCUGGGCUCUUGUGGGGGGGCUGGGCUCGCGCCCCGUCUCGCGGAUUGAGGCAGGGUGAGUGCCAACGGCUCCUGCUCUCUCUCUCCCGGCUGCAGCGGGGAGGGGAGCCGAGGGGCUGAGGUAGGGAAACGGCGAGAGAGGCGCCUUCCCGUCAGCUCCUGGAUGGCCGGAGCCGGCUCGUUUUCCGGUAACCGCCGAGGAGGGGAAGAAUAAACAACUUGAGCCGCGGUGUUUCCCCCCUCCCCAUCCCCCAUCCCUCUCGCUCAAGUCGGGGCUACGAGGCCGGCUGGGAGUAUAAUAACACGACCAUAAUAAAGGACAGUUACUUGGUUAGUCAUCCUUUCGGAGGAGGUGGCCAUGGUCCCUUGCUAGGUAGCAGGCGCUAAGGCUUGAAAGGGCAGCUUCUUCGGGCACGUCUCCUUUGGACGUGGAAGGGGCAGAGUGAGGAUCCACCUGUACUGUGCCGCUCUGUGCGUGUUUGCUUGGAAGUAAGCCCCGCUUAAGUUCAUAGAAUUGUAAGAGUUGGAAGAGGGACCACAAGGGUCAUCUAGUCCAGCCCCCUGCAAUGCAUGAAUCUUGCCCAACCUGGGGCUCGAACCCGCAACCCUGAGAUUAAGGGUCUCAUGAUCUGGGUCUUACUCCCAGGUGGGUGCAUUGGAUGGCAGAUUUAGUCAAGCAUCCUGUUUUUAGUUUAUCAAGUCGGAAUCCUUUCAGAGUCCCAAAAUUCUAGUUUGCUGUUCAGAAUUCUCGUGUCCUGCACCCCUCAUUUUUAUCACAAGCACCAGUGACCCCAGGUAGAUCAUUUGUUAGUCUAGUGUUUUCCCCUUUUUGUAUCAUUUUCUGCUCUUUGCUUUGGCGGGUUGGGAACACCAUUAUUCUUCACUUCAGGUUUCAUUUCAGGCUUAUUCACCAGUUAUGCCAAAUACAGGUACAAACUGUCUACACACCUACAGGUAUUUGUGUGAAAAAAUGUACGCUUGUUGAUUUAUAUAGUUGAACUAUUGUGUAUGCAAGACUGUAUGCUUCUUGUAUACAGAUUGCACAUUUUUUGAUUGUUGUGUGUAUAGUAUAAUCCUCUCUGCCUAGGAUGAGACAGAGGCAAGGGAGUCCCAUUCUUCGCUGCUAUGGGGCAGUUGCUGAUGGUGCAAUCAGAACUCUGUCUGUAGUUGGAGCAACAGCUAAACAGAAGCAAAAUAAACCUUCUCCAGCACAUUGUAUCUCUCAGGAACUUGUUAGUCACAGCAGGAACUAUUACUAUGUUGCACUGAGCAACACUGAAUUAUUGUGUUCAAGAGUGCCAAGAGUCCUGUAAAAGAAUAAAAGGCAUAUGAGAAUUCUGUCAGGUCUGUUAAUGCUGGUUACCUGGUAGUAGGGUUUUCUAGCCUUGAAUGAGAAAUUUAGAGCCAGAGGCAUGGUGGAUUUGAGGGCGGGCUCCAGCAUUUAUUUUUAUGGUCGGUCUAUAAAUGUAAUAUAAUACAGAACUGACUAUUUAGUUAAAAGUGUACACCUUUUCUUAAAAAAAGAAAAUAAACAAAACAAGUGAGAUAAAAGCAGCCUUGACCCUUACUUUUUGGCAAUUAGCCUGGAAAAGUUGAAAGAAUAAUGAACUUGUUUUUCCCCCUGGUUAAUAAGCAACCACACCUGCCAGAUGAUCUGGGAAUCUCAAAAGCAAGACUUAAAGGCAAUAGCUCUCCCACCACCAGAAUUAUUUGUCCCAGCUUCUGGUAUUCAGUUGAUUAUUGCCUCUAAACCUGGAGGUUCUGUUUUAAUAUUGUGGCUAUACUUAAAACCUGCAUGACAAGCAACAGAUUCCAAAAGGCCCUGAACCACCCAGCACUGUGAGGAUGCAGUGGUUAUGGAAAAGAGCUGUUGCAUUGCUGACAUCACAUCUACCAUGCAGGCUCAAAAAUGAGCACUCCAUUAGUGUUCAGUCAGAUUCCCAGUGAAUCUCUUCCUGCUUGCACUAUAGAUACCUUCCUAUUUGAUUCAGUGUCCUCAACUCCCCAGAACCUUAACAAGUUGACAUGGAUCUGCUCAGCAGAAAAUGGCACUUAGGUGUGAUUGUGUCAGCUCCUGGCCCAAGUCAUCCCCACUUUCCACAGAGUGACCAAAGCAUUGACAGGAAAGUCAGUUAUGCCAACAGAAAAUCCAGAAGCAUCCUUGAAAAUUAUGUUUAUUUCAUUAGCCUUUUGGAGUGGGUCACCAACUCCCUCAUCCCUGCAGAGGGGAGUAGCUACUGUGAGUGAACCUUGAUAGGAAAUGGUCCAAGCAAGACCAGGAAAGUUAGAAUAAAAAGGUUAGGAAAAGCUAGGAUAUCUAGCAGUCAAGAGCACAUGAGCCAUAUUCGAAAAAGGCUCCAACUCUAGUAUUAGGUUGCUUUUAGCUUCCUUGUCAGGGAGUAUUUAGGGAGUUACACAGUAGAAGGUCCUCUGAAAGGAAGAGGUAUGGCCCUCUGAUAUUCGAGAGAGCACAAAUACUAAUGCUAUCUCUGUGGCCCAAAGCCUUACAGAGGGACAACAGGGCUAGGCUGCUUUUUGCCAUAAGCAGUUCUGAAAUGGUUCCCGGUGAGAAGUUAUAAUGCAUAUGAAAAUGUUAUUUCAAUAAUCUGUAAAACAAGGCAGAAUAAUCCCUCAGUACAGGCUAGCGUUAUUUUUUAUUGCACCAUCCUUAAGAGUUAAUAAGGUUUUCUGUAGUUUUUGGGAGCAGUAUUAGGGAGAUGGUUUUAUGACGGCAGACAGUAAAAACAAAUACUUAAUGUCAUCUGUCUCUACCUGCACUAAGUGAAAUACCUCUAUCUCAGUUUUAGUGAAAUGCUUAUUUGCUGUCAGUGUCAUAGCAGUUUUUUAACAGCAUUCCUCUCAGUGUUUCAUAGGCACAAUUUCUGUACUGAACAAGAAUGCAUAUAAUUGUAUUUGAAUGAAUCUGACAUCCUGUCUUUUUUUCCUGUACCUGCAGUUGUAGAAACUACUGAAGGAAACACCACUAUUGUAAGUACAAUAACUGACUUAUUUUUUAAGUCUCAAAUCCUUGUCUUUGUAAUGCAGCAACUGUGUUUGUACAGAAAAAUGCAACUGAAUAAUUUCCAUCAUGUAACCAAUGUAAGUUUAGGCCUCUUUUCUUGAAUACAGUGAUUCUCCUGAAGAGAGUAAACAGGUGACCUUUUCAUCUCCUGAACCCUAUUCAAAAUUUUCUAGUGCCCAUUGCAUCAGUGAAAGAAAUUUGUGAGAAAUUAGAGGUGUAUGCAGAGGUUAGGAAUGCCUGCAGUUAUGCAUACUCAAAAGAGCCCAAAGUUACCAUAACAGUACGUGGAAGCUGCUGCUUCAGCUUUUUGACUUCAUGGUGCAGGAAGAAGUCAUGCUGCAGUGGCUCCCACACCAUGAAGUAAUAUGAAAAGGGUUUAAGAAAUCUCUCCAUUCAUUGAUAUUUUUGAAACUUUUUAUUCUGAAUGGAAAUUAAGCAUGCACAAUAUAGUGUCUAUAUGUGCCCAUAUAAGUCUUACUGUGCUUAAAUUUAUUGGAAUUUCCUUUUAAUUUUUUUCCCAAAGGGACAAGUAGCACCCGACUUGAACAUCAACCAAAUGUACUAUGAAUAAAAGCCAAAAAAUAGGAGUUUAGUUUAAUAAGCACAGUGGCAUAGAAUUUUUAAUUCUGAAAGCUAUAUGAGACUAUAAAUAUGGUAUUCACUAGGCUGAGCCUUACUGCUUAAUAAACACUGUCUUGGAAGAGUGAACAAGUGUGUUAGAAGGCCUACCAUAGUGACUAUUAGUAGGAGAAAUAUUAAUAACAAAAGCAAAAGCCUUAUCCCCAGCAUUGCUCAGGAAUUGUAACAAACAAACAAAUUAGUGUAGCUUUGAAAGUUUUAGUCCAUUAUCUUGAUUCAAAAUGGCAUUCAGUUGUAUCCAAACAUAGAUGAAAACCUGCUUCUUGAUUUCAGGAACCUUAAUGCAAAAUUUGGUUACGAUACCUUCAGAGGUGUACAAAUGCAAAGCAAACAAAUAGGCAACUUUCCAAAAUAUGUAGUAGAUUAUCAAGUUGUAUUUUACUUCUCCCCAAAAAUGUGCCCAAAGCUCACAAAAUGAAUUACAUACUAGUGCUGUGGCCUCUCUUCCUAGUCCCCUGUUCUAUUUCAUUUCUUCAUCUGGUCUCACCCCGGAUCUCCUUCCAAAAGUUAAAUACCAGGUUAUCCCUACAGUGAUUAUGUUGCCCAAAGUAUGUUAUCUCUACAGAUUAUUUUUACUCCUCUGGCAGUAUUUAUUAUCUGGUUGGAAUUUGAAUGGUCCACCAGAUGUUUGUCAUGAUUAGGCCCCAAGAAAGCAAUGGAAUGGAGCUUGGUUUGGUUCCAUUGCUUUCAAGGGACUAAGUCAGAACAAAUGUUUGCUGAAUUGUGGCUUUUAUUAUUAAAUAUAAAGAUACUAAUAGGAGAAUACAGUCUUCUAGCAUUAGCAUACCACAGCCUUGAUAGUUCUUUAGGCAUCAGGAAAACCUCCUUUUAUUUUCCCAGACACUUACAGAUUUUUAAAUCUCAGUCUGCUGCUUUUCAUUAGUGUUUUGAUUUUUUUUAUGCUGAUUUGUACUUUAGGUUUUUAUUGAUUCUUUUCUACAAAUCAUAGAAUCUUUUUCUGGUGAAGGGCAAUGUAUAAAAUUCUUCACAAGUAAAUUGGUGGAGGAAUGCUAGUUGAACUUGGAAAUUUUAGGUUAAUCCUAGCCCAUGAGAUUUCCUCAAACAAGUGAAAGUGGGAGGAAUAAUUUAUGAAACUCUGCCUGUGAUAAUACAGCCAAGAAAAACCUAAUCAUUAGCUUUCCAGAAUAUCUUUGUAAGUUACAAGCAGAAAUUAGACAGCCUUAAGUAUCUUGUAUACUUUGAGGUUUUGGGUGGGAGACAUUUCCCUACAUUCUCGGUCAGUAAACAGAAGGAAUGAAUUUCCCCACUUGAGGUGCACUUGGGGGAAAACACAUCUUAAAAUGUUUAUGAUAUUAUGAUAAUACUGCUUCAUAUGCUGACAUCAUUCCUGGGUAUAGGGAGGUUUUCUAACAGAGACAUCUUCUCUGGGAAGAAACGGAGACCUCACAGCGCUACAGAAUAAAAAUGCAUCAUGUGGUGCUUUGGGUGUUGGAUUUUUGCUUAAAAUGCAAUGUUCUCUGCAAGCAAAGGUUAUUUUGGGAGAAGGCAAGCAAAAACACUCUAGAUAUGAAGAAUUCCCAAGACUGCUGUAGUUGAUAGACCAUCAAUAUUCAGUACUGAAUGGUGAAGAUUCCCCUAGCAUCCUCAAGAAUAAUGAGGGAUAGUUCACUGAAAAUCCCCAUCUGUGCUUUGAUGAAGGGUGAAUGUUCUCAUGGGGAAAAGAAUACUCUGCGAUGUUAAAGAUGUAGCACAGAUGAAAUUAAAUAUGCUUAAAAAGUGAGGUCAUUCGUUUGAUUUUAAUUUUCUCUUGAUUUUAUAAGUGUGAUCUGAAUAUGCUUUCUGGAACAUUUUGCUCUUCUCUUUAGCAUCAUAAAUGUCUGGUUGGGGAAAUAAAUAAAGCCAAAAUCUUGGGGGAGAAAGGUGCAUGUACCUCUAGCCAGCACUUAGUGAAGCUCUGUGAAGAUACUCGUGGUGGGGGCAUGAACAUUAGCUUUGAUCUUUGGGCCUUUCCAGAAUAACUCAUGUUACAUUUUGAGUGGUGUAAUAAAACAUUUUGCUAUCUGAAUUGUUAGGCUGUUUUUGAGCCAGGUGAUGUUAAUAUACAUCUUUAAUAUACUUCUUGUGUACUACUAACCAUGUUAAAUCAAUUUGGUGUACUUGUGACCCAGCUAUAUUCAUUUCAAAAUAAUAAGUUACAGUAAAAGGAUACAGGUUUUAACAUCUCCAAAAAAGAAUUAUUCUGUUCCUUCACGAUAAAUGAUUUCAAGAUGGCCAUCCUUCUAUAGAAGAGUGACUUUGUUUGAGUAUUGUUGAUUCCCAAACUAUGUACUUUUUUUGCUUUAAACAUAGAUAUAAACAAGCUUUAGAUUUAUCAUUACAAAAAAGGACAGUUAACACGAGGAAAUAUUCCAAAAGGUGCUGUUGAAGACUUGCUCUGGUGUCACAGGUUUCAAGCUUUACAGUUCUCAUUCAGAGAGACUCUGGAAAGAGUUGCAAAUAGAAAAUAUUGAGAUGUAAAGCUCAACUGUCAGGCUACUUUCUAAAAGCCAAUUUUUAAAGCGUCUUCUGAUAUUUCUUUUGCCAUAGAUUGAUGCAGCUCUCUGAAUCGUUUCACAUAAUAUACAUGCUGCUCUUCAAAUCUGUGUAGAUUUCUGUUGUGUGAAUAAUGAUCUUAUAGGAAAAACAUUUAGUCGUGUUCCUUCCCUGACUGAAGGAGGAACGUCUCUUCUGCCCCCCCCCCCCGCCCCAAAUCACAACUAUGUGAAACAAAUAGCAUAUACCAUUUAGUUCUUUUACUGGUUGAGAAUACUACCAUAAAUAGUGAAUAUGAAUAAUGGCUUUAUAUCAUAGCAUGUAAAUAUCAAUAGUAAAGCCUGAACAUUUACAAAAUUGGCCAUUUGGAAUAUGUAUAGCCUGCCCAAGUUUGUAGCUGUCAGGCCUACUGCAUCUAAAUUGAAUUUUCUUCAGGAUAGUUUUAAAUUGAUGAGUUCUGACUGCAGCUGUAUAUUUAAAAAAGAACUCCCUGGUUCUGGCUGCAUCAAAUGAGAGAGGUCUGGAGUUGGUUUGUUUUUAAAAACUUGUCGUGGUCUGCUUAAAGAAAAGGAAUACAUGAGCUGCUUGGCAGGAAAUGCUUCUUGUCAGAUAGGCUAAGUUGUUAAAUACUUCCCCAAGGGAAAUGCUAUCAAUUUCAUCAGUUUGAGCAAUUUAAAGCUAAAUUCAGACUACACUUUAGGAAAGAGUGCUGUGGAGAGCCACCCCAGUUUUCAUAAACAUUCCUGCAGUUUUGACCAAUGGAAGAAGUGUCUCUGUCCUGCUGCCGAUUUUUUAAAAAGAGUCUACUCCAGGCUUAUGCAACUUAAGAGCCCAUGUUUGCUGAUAUCCUCAAAGCGGCAAUUUCAAAAGUAUGUCUUAUUAUUCAUGGCCAGGGAGGUGCAGUUUGUGUCUUUUAGAGGGAGCCAUGCCCAUUUAUGAAUUUAUUGCUACACAGUAAAUUGGAAUCUUCCUUGUAAGUAGUUGACUAAUAUUCUUGAGUUUGUUGACAUUUGCAAAAGUGCUGAAAUCUCGUGUGUGUGUGUGCGUGCGUGCUUAAACUGCACUCUCUGCUGCGUUUGUCAUCAAGUCCAUUCUUUGUCGUAUUCUGGAUUGCCAGUAGCUAAUACCAGUUAACCCUUUCCUUAAGUUUCCUUAAGGUUUUUUUUGGGGGGGGGUAACACUUGUUGGAAAUUAAGCAGUACAAUAUAUAUUGGAAGUCUGAAAUCUAAAUCUUCCCCUCCAUCUGCCCUCUCUUUCCUAGAUUGAAGGUAAAAUGCUGGAAGUUGAGGAAGCCCCGACUCCUCCAAAUCCUUCUGGUCAGUGUCCUAUCUGUCGCUGGAACCUAAAGCACAAGUAUUCUUACGAGGUGAGUACAGCUUCAGGAACUGUAGUGUAUUUUCAAGGCUUAAAAAUUGCAUGUAGCUACCAGAUACUACUAUAUGUUACUCUCUCAACUCUCCUGUUUCUUAGCAGAAUAAAUUACUCUUCAGUGGUUCAGAGGUUACAGGCUCCUGAGGGACUUUUCCUGGACCCUUUGGAGGCCCACUAUGACAUAUUUCUUGAGACAAUUUGAGGGUGAAAUUGCUUGGCUCAGUAGCAGCCUUGAUGCCAUAGUUAGUGUAGAACUGUGAGAUGUCCAACACCACGUCUAGCCAAGUUUUAUGAGAUCAGUUUCAGUUGAUGUGGCCUGAGAGUGUUGACAAGGUACUUAGAGCUGUUUGUCCAACCACAUGUUCUCUCAAUCCCUGGUUGUUCAUGUUUAAUAAAAUCUAUGUGGCAAGGCAUGACUGGGUGGGUCCAAGUAUGGUGAAUGUGAUGUUACACAGUGGUGGUGCCUGCUGGCUUGAAAGAGGUGGUGGAACACUUGCUCAUUUAUUUAUUUUUUAACACCCCGGACUCCCUCAUUUAGGAUAGUUACUGACCAGUUGCUUUCCUUGGGAAGAUGGGUGAGAGGGUCAUGGCAGAGCAGCUGCGGGCAUUCUGGAUGAAACAUUAUCUAGACUAGGGUGGUCCAUCGGGUAUCUCUAGGCCUUUUUUUGGCGGCCCACAGCAACACUUAACCCUCCCCCCCCCAAGCCUUUGCACAGCUUUCUGAAAGCUGGAUAAGUUAUGCACUGUGGUUUGGGGAGGAGAUGGGAAGGCUCUAGGACCCUGCCAGAGCCUCACACCUCCUUCCCAAAGCCUGUGCCUCGCUUUGCCAGCUUUGGGAAGGCAAUGAGAGGGCUUGGGGGGGACAUCAAAUUUUGGCUUCGCUCGCCCACCCCCCAAGCAGUGUGCGGCCCACAGGUACUUUGUCAAAGUACUCUUGCGGCCCACUUGGUAUGCAAAGUUGGGCUGCCCUGAUAUAGACCAAUUUAAUUCUUGGUUCAGUCCUGGGUUUGGCAUCAAACCGGCCUUGGUUACGCUGAUAGAUGACCUUUAUUGGGAGAGGGACAAGGGAAGUGUAACCUUGCUAAUUCUGCUUCAUAUCCCAGUGGCUUUUGAUACCAUCAACCCUGUUCAGUCUGCUGUCCAUAAUAUAGAUAAAACUGGUAUUCCACGUCCUUCCAUGCCAUUCACAUACCAGUGGGACACUUGUUUCCCUGAUUUGCAGCUAUGCACACUUAAGUAGCUGUCAUUGCUAUGUUUGCACAUCACCUUUCCACCAGUACUUUAACCAAUACUGGCUUGGAGUAUAAUAGACACAAUACAAAAAGAGAGAAAAAUAAGCAAAUGAAAGUACCAUUGAAUAUGAGCAACAAUGUUUGCACUCUCAGAAGUUGCUUUUCCAAAGGUUAUUCCAAGUCUGGAAUAGACAAGGGGCAGGCAAUACCAUGCUGGAAAUGGAAAGGAAGAGAACCAGACAAGAGCACACCAUUAAAGAUAAGGAAGCCAUAGCUGCAGAAUAAGCUAAUGUCAAUUGGAUUAAUAGACUAGAGACAGAAAUGCAUCUGGAGGAAAAUAAAUGGUUUGUGAGAUGGCUGGCUCACUAAUAAAGAGGGGGAAACAAGAAAAAUAAGGAAUUGAAAAGGAGCGAUAAACAAUUUAGUGGUGAUGGCCUUGUUGAAUGAGCUUUCAAGAAAGCAGGUAAGGAAACAGUAGAGACAUGGAGUUAAUUAGCAAGUCUGGAAUACAUGCAUCCCAAGGGGUUUUGCUAAGAUACUGCUCCAGAGUCAUUUUUAGAAACUCUCAAAGGGCUGAGGAGGCUUGCGUGAAAAUAAUGGAAAAUGACAGGCCAAAAUCAAAAGUUUAGGAAGUGAUCAUGACAUUUGCCGCAUGGAAAGUGUUAAGGCCAGGCACUAUAUGACCUUAAACACAUGGCUUAAUGUCACAUGUAUUUUGUUGUAAGCUGCAAAUAGUAGUUGUAUGGAGUUAUGUCAGCACUGGGGCUGUUGGGGGUGGGGAAAAUUUACCCUCUUCUUCCCCUGUCAUAGGCCCAACAAAAAUAGCUUCUCUGAAGCUGCUAUUUGCUUUUGAGAAGCUCAGAUCAAGUGUAUUAUCUCGAAGAACAUAAUGUUAAAUGAACAGAUAAUUCAAAACAAUUGUAAAGCAAAGUACACAAACAUCACUGCAGAGCAGCUGAUCUGAUAUUGUAGGCCACAGUUAGUUCCAAAAAAUUCUUUGCCUCCUACUGCACUUACAGGUUAGUAAGACAAAAAUAAGGGAGAAGUGUCUGUCCUAAGAGAACCCAUUAUUUUUUAUGUCUGUGCAUUCUGAUAAUACAAGGCAUUCCCUUAAAACAAGAGACAUCUGGCAGGCCUGCUUUUUACCCAGUACUGUCAAGCCAUUUUUUGGCAUCCACUGUUAUUAAGAACAGUAUACAGUUCUUAACUCAUCCUCACAACAAUCCUGUAAGGCACUUUUAGGCUGCGAUAAUGAAUUGGCCAAGGUUGUCUGGUGAGCUUCAUCUCAUGUCCAGACACAUAACUCCUGUCUAUUUUGUCAAAUCGGCCUGCCUUACAUGGAAAAAUAAUAUUAGGGAAGGUGAUCUUCUUGUCUUUAAUAAUUAAUAUAGGUUUGAACAAUAGAAGAUGGCUGUGUCGUUGCUAAGGGUGACUGAGAGGAUCCCAAAGUAACCAUCAGUGUGCUGAGUUGACAACUAGGGUAUAUUAGGAAGCAUUGUUGAUUGACCCUCAACAACUACUGAACCCCCUUUGCUGGCCAAACAUUUUUUCAGUUACUCUGAAGAUUUAGUAUUGGAACCAGGCUUUCAUGUUGAGUGUGCUGCUUUAUGGAAGUGAGUCGUGAGCAACUUACAACUAUCGGGAGCAGCAGCUCAAUGCCUUCCACAUGCGCUACAGCAGGGGGAUAUGGGGUGUCACAUGGCAGGACAGAAUUCCAGACAAAGAUGUGCUCACCCAAGCCCACAUCUUCACAUUCCCGUCUCGGCAACAUAUACGUUGGCUUGGUCAUGUCCACAGAAUGGAAGAUGGCAGGAUCCACAAGGACGUGUCUCUACAAGGAGCUGGCUUCAGGCACCAGGCACAUUGGCAGACCAACACAAAGGUGUCUGCAAAUGUGACUUAAAGGCUGGCAACACCAACCUUGCCAUGUGGGAAUCCCUUUCAGGUGACUGCAGUGCCUAGAGAAAGGCAGUCAAAUUGUGUAUCCAUAGCAGUGACCAGAGGAGGAAUGACCAGUGGGAGGAGUACAGAGAGAAGAAAUGCCAUGGCAAUAGCACAACUGGACGCCUUCAUCUCCUCCAGCUGCAACAAAACAUGUCUCUCCCACAUUGGUCUCUACAGCCACAGCAGGCUCUGCAACCUUCCAACAGCUUGACCUCACCCCCAAAGGCGCACUCCUCCACUGUCUCCUAAGACAGACAGAUGCCAACAACAGUAUAGGAUCUCUUGUAGCUGAAUUUUCAGUAGAUUCCAUCUUAGCAUGGAAUACCAGCUCUUGACCAUGUUAAUUAAUGCUGCUGAAUCCUCAAAGAUUAUGGCUUUAAACAUAAUUCUUUUUGUAAAAUCCUAACUGGUUAUGUAUAGAUAAGUUUUUGUGUUUGCAUCUGUCGUGUGUGUUCCUCCUGUUAGUUUCCCAUUCAGGGGCUAGAUUGUAUUUGGACCAAACUUCACAGGGUGACAAAUAGUAUUUCCUCUACUUUAUGGGCUAAGGCGUAAAGACUUGCUGCUUCUGCAGACAUGUGCCAUGAUUCAGUAAUAUGUUUUUUGUUCAAAGUAUUAUCCUUUCCACUAAUGAGUCUCUUUGGAUUACUCCCUUUUAAUAAAUCAGCCAGCCAUGUCAAGGUUGAUGUUCAAUCCAGAAGUUCUUGGGUGGGGAAAGUGCUCUGCUAUACUUGCCUGAGCUGAACAGAGACAAGCCCACUGUAGUAGUGUUGCUUCCAAGGAGUUGCAAACUCUCAUGCUGAUGCUGCAAACCAUAAGAGAAGAGAUUGCUCUUGUGCUGUGGUCCUGUUUGCAUGUUUCCCACAGGCAUCUGGUUGGCCACUGUGAAAACAGGAUGAUGCACACCACCUUGAGCUCCUUGGAGGAAAAGGUGGUAUAUAAAUGUAAUGUAAAGGGGGGGGGGCUCUUCCUAUGUUCUCAUGUUGGCAAGCAGCUGGUCUCCAAGCCAUACCUUCAUAGAGAUCUGCAGAGAUGUGACCUCCUAGUCUCACUCUUGAGUGCACUGCCAGACUCCUCUCCAAUUCAUAGCAUGUGCGGAGCAGGGUUAGUUUUAAACUGAUGGUGUGAUUUUGACAUUUCAGAACCCAGCUGGUGCUAUUCUCCUGUUGAAAGGUGAAAUAGAUAGAUUUGCAGGCUUAGAGGCAACAUUACAAAAUAUGGCCGUCUAUGUUUUAACAUACCUCCAGAUAUUCAAAUUUUCAUUUCUCUGCAGUUUUUUUCUCAUUGUCUAUUUGACAUGACAGGCAAUAUAUGUAUCUGGUGUUGUAAUGUGAAUGCAAUGACUUGGGAUUGCAGACUAAAUUUGGAGUGAAAAUUUAGAGUUAAUUCCAGGCAUAACUGUUUUGACAAGCUGCUAAUGACCUCUGAUGAAUCUCCCUUUUGCCAUAAAUUCACUGGGUGACCUUUAAUGAAGCCACUCUUUCAGCUUCCACUGGAUAGUAAUACUAAUCACCUUUAUAGGGUGAUUGUAAGGGUUACAGUAAAAAGACUUUGAAGGGCUAUAUUGGUGUUAAAUUUUUGCUUCUUUUAGGUUUGUUAUUUAUUUCACUCUUACAUGAUUGGAAAUAAAACCAGAUUUUUUUCACUGGGAAAUUGGGAGGUUUAGAACAUGGAAACUUUAGACAGCAAAAACCCUUUAAAUUGAUAGCUUGAAGUACCAGAGGAGAACUUGGAGGCAGCAGAUCUUUUGCAACCCAAGGGGAUGGGAUAGUAUGUGUUCUAAGAUAAGAGUGUGUUGGCUGUAUAAACAGACUCUGGCUCAGAUUCUGAUGGUGUUCAGUCAGAUUAUUAACACUUGUCAGUUCUCCAGGUGGCCUCAGGUAUUGGUUCCGUCCACUGUUCCAGUGAACCUCUAAAUCCAGAAAAUGUGUUGUUCACUUUGGAGUUUGUUUACCUAGUGGGAGAAAUCAAAUACCCUAUGGAGGUGAAGGCAAAACAUGUUUCCUCUUUUCUCCCUUGGAACAUGAUUAGUCUGAUCAUGCAGUAAAUGUCAUCUCACUUUGGCAGCACAAAGCAGAGACAGAACUGCAGUAUUUGCUUAUUAGCCUUGAAUUAAUUCAAUCCAAGUUGUUUUCAUCAGAUCCUACAGAUUAUAGGGGUGGGAAUCUGGGUUCAGCCUCUCCCAGGAGCUGUCCAGUGAUUAAAGCAAAUCUGUGGUUGCAGUCUUGGCUGCCCACUAGCACAAAAUGUUAAUUUCAUGGAACAUGACGGCAGUGUGCAAAUCUGCCAGAAUUCUCUUUCUCUCCUUUAACCCUUUUACAUUCUUGUUUGUUUCUCCUGUGCCCUAAAACCUGACUGUAUCUUUCUGCAUUGUCCCUGUUGCUUAGAUAAAUCCAUGUGAUGAUGCUAGUGGGAGAGUCCCUGUUGCACUUGGGACUUUUCUGAAGUUGCUGUGACCUUUUGCUAACAAGCAGCCCUGUUAAGCCAAAUGGCUUGGGGUACAAUUUUCAUGGCUGGAAAUGGGUGGGACCUAAUUGAUUUGUUUUGAAAUGACAUUUUGCAAGUGAGAAGCAGAUUAGUUGCUGCCUCUAUUUGGUCAAACAGAAACUGGAAACAAGCCCAUUCUGUUGAUGACAACUGAGAUAAAGAAACAGCGCCUUUUUCUGCUCCCUAUUUUUAAAAUGUCACAUGAGCAGUGUUGCAUUUUAGAAAGGCACAGGAACAUUAAGGAACCUGAACAUAAUAGGCAUAGGACUUACUAAAAUCUUCUCAUAUUUCAUGUAAAUUAUGCUAGCUGCUCUGAGCAGCAUGAAAUUUGCCACUGACUUCUGCUGCUCCCAAACAGUUUGUAUAACUGAACUGAGGCCUGUGCCUCUGAGGCACCCGGUGCUGAACUCUUCUUUCAGUUCCCUCCAUGAGUUCACUUUACAUGCAGUCAUUGGGGUGUAGCACUGUCAGCACCGCCUCUCAAAACAAACUGGUAACUAUACAGUCACUAGUUAAGUUGGUCUCUUAAGAUGUUUGCUGAUGGGACCUUGCAGAUUAUAAUCCAUCUCUGGCAGGAGGUGCUUCCUGCAGUCUUGCUGCUGAAACUUUCAGGUAAAGGCCAAAGUAACUAGGAAAUUUUCAAACUACUAGUUACAUUGUUCUGAAGAAAGCUACUUGAUUGAUAAAGUGAGCAGUGCAACAAGUUGCUAAGCACUUCUAUAGACAUUUUUUUUCAAGUAGGGGGUAAGUAUGACUAUCUGUCUAUCUAUCUAUUUCCCCCCUUUUCUCCAUGGCGGCAUACAUGGUUCUCCCCUUCCUCCCCUUUUCUUCACAGCAGUCCUAUGAGGUAGUUUAGGCUGAGCGGUGGUGACUGGCCUGAGGUCACCUAGUGAGCUUUGUGGGCAAGUGGGGAUUUGUACCCUGGUUUCGCAGAUCCUAGUCCCACCACUACAUCACACUUGGAUUUCACUGUUUUAACAUUUUGAUGAUUGCUACCCUGGGCUCUUUUCAGAAGAAAGUCAGGAUACUAGUUUAAUAAAUAAAAUUAAAUAUUGAAGGAGGGCUGGUGGUUAUGGGCUCUCUGAAUAGCCUGAUAGCAGUGCUACAAAAGUCAUUUUGGCAAGUGUUCUAAAACGUCUGUUGAGGUGCUUUUUAAGAGUGCUAUCUUAUCUUGCACAUCAUAUCUUACGUCUGGACAAUUUCUUAUUCUGUAUAUUGAUAUGCCUCUCAUAAUGCCAAACAUGCAUGCAGUCCAGCUUCCAUUUUUAAGAGAAAUGUGCAGGCACUGAUCUACUAAAGACUGAGAAGCCAGAGGGCAUGUUGAAGAGAGCAGCAGCAUAACUAUACCCCAUAGUGAUUCCAUUUACCUGACACAGAGUUUCUGCCUUCAUAUUCUUUUUUUAAGUACUUUGCUCUACAUAUAGUAGGCACAGGACCCAGGUACUUAACCCAGGUACAUGACCCUUUCUCACAGGUCUGCUUUAGAGGCUCUUCAUUAGACUCUGCUACUGCCAAGGUGCUGUGACUGGUGAGGACCACAGACAGAGCCUUUACAGUGGUGGUGCCCCAACUUCACCAUUCUCUCCCCCGGAAGGUUCAUCUGGUGCCAGGUUUCUCUCAUCAGCUCCCAAAGGAACCUAUUUCCCCAGGCCUUUUGUCAAUGAGAUUGAAUUCUGCUCUUUGUGUUAUGUGUUUAUCUCACUGUUUAGUGCUAUAGAUUUUAAAUCUUGCAAGUUCUGAUGAUUCUCUGGAUUUGAAGAAUGGGGUACAAAUGUUGAUUUAAAAAAAUUAAAAGAGAGAAAUUGGGUUGUAUAAAAUUUGUGGAGUUUUGAGCCGCUUGCUGCACCACCUAGCUUAACAGAAUUUGGUUGGCAUAUGUCUGCCUCGAGAGGCAAUGAAAGUAUAUGCCUUUGCGGGUGAAGUCAAACUAUUGAAGAGUCACAGUGCCUGCUGUGGCUGUAGAGACAGGAGAGACAUGUUUUGUUGCAGCUGGGGAAGAUGAAGGUGUCUGGUGAUGCAGAUAUACCAUGGCGUUUUAUCUCUCUGCGCACCUCCAAGUGGUCAUUUCUCCUCUGGUCACUGCUAUGGAAAUACAAUUUGACUCCCUGUCUCCAGGCACUGCGGUCGUCUGCAAGGGAUUCCCACACGGCAGGGUGGAUGUUGCCAGCCUUCAUGUCACGUUGCCAACUUUUAUGUCACAUUUGCAGACAUCUUUGUAAUGCAGAGUUAGUCUGUCAAUGGGCCUGGUGCCAGAAGCCAGCUCCCUGUAGAGCAUGUUCUUGGGGAUGCUUCCACCUUCCAUUCUGUGGACAUGACCAAGCCAGCAUAGAUUAUCUGCAAACCUGCUGGGAAUGUGGGCUUGGGAGGACUUAUAUUUAUUUGUCUGUCCUGCCACAUGAUGCCCAAAAUCUUCCUGACACUGUGCAUGUGGGAGGCAUUGAGGCAUCAUGUCUGGUGGGUGUAAGUUGCCCACGUCUCUACCAUAAAGCAGUGUGCUCCACAUGCAAGCCUAGUAGACCUUCAUCUUGGUAUUGGUCAUUAGCAUCACAUUCUCCCGUGCCCUUUUGGAGAGGCAAGACAUUGCUGUAGCCACCUUGCCAAUAUGCUUGUCCAGCUCAGCAUCAAUGGAGAGGUUGCUGGUUAUGGUGGAGCCGAGAUAGACAAAAUUGUCUAGCACCUUAAGCAAGUAGUGACCAGUGCUGAUGCGUGGAGUACAGUCAUACCUCGGGUUAAAGUAGCUUCGGGUUGAAUCUUUUCAGGUUGCGUCCCGCGGCGAACUGGAAGUAACGGAACGGGUUACUUCCGGGUUUCGCCACAUGCGCAGACGCUCAAAAUGACAUCACGCAGAUGCAGUGAAUCGCGACCCGCGCACGGGCAGAUGCAGGUUGUGUUCUGCUCUGGAUGCGAACGGGAUCUGGAACGGAUCCCGUUUGCAUCCAGAGGUACCACUGUUCUGGCAACAUCCUGACCCAAGAUGUUGGUCUUCAUCAGGGUGAUGCUAAGGCUGAACUCCAUGUGGGUUUGGGCAAAACAGUUGAUGAGACUCUGUAGAGCUUCCUCAGAGUGCCCUGUCAAAGCUGUGUCAUCUACAAACAACAUCUCUCCAAUAGGACAUAGUUCCAUUAAUGCAAUGAUUUCCAUUUCCACAGUGGAACUUGCCUUUUUCCUCUCCCCACUACACCCCUCAUGCCCUAAAUCUGCUGCAGACCAUGGGGGGGACCCAGAGCAGAUUAAAGGGGUGCAGGGAGUGGAAAUUCAGUUGUGCAGCCAAACUUAUUUGCACUAACAGAAGUCCUUGUUUGGAUAGCACCCUUAUUUUUAUUUUUGUAUUUAAAAGCAUUGUAUUAAAUAUUUUUUCAUAAGGAGAUGCUUAUUAAACUUGGCAAAUACACCAACUAGGUCCAAAUGAAUACACCAGAUCACAAAUCUUUUAAAACAACCUUCAUUUACAUAGCUCAGAGUUACUAUUGCUGUUAGGUAGUUCUCCAACUCCAGUUAAAUUGAUUUAUUUUUUUAAUUCUUGUAAACCAGACAGUGUGUAAGACAAAGGGGGGUGGGAAUGACUAUCAUUUUGCAAAAAACACAAGAUUUGGAAUUCGCAUUACAAGCUAAUACAGUUCAAAAAUAAUACAUGUAAGAGCGUGUGCUGUAAUCCUAGAUCUUUGAAAGCUUCAUCCUGGUCCCCAAAUGCCAGGUCAUUUGAGGUGGCCCAGGGCUGUUUCAUACAUUACACUGUUGCAAAACUUUGUAACAAGGAGUCAAUCCAAUGAUAUUAAACAGCUUACUUGGGCAAAGUGACUGCUCAUGUGGGUGGUGUGCAUAUUAUUUGAGCUGACUGUUGGCUUUUCAAGCAGCUUCCACUCCCAUCCCAGUUCCCUAACAAGUAAACUUGUUUACAGUGUUUAUUUUAUUUAAAAAUAUUUAUUUCCCACCCUUCAUUGUGGAGGCAGUUUUGGUGCAGGGUACAUUAAAAUUCAAUCAACAACAUAAAAAUCAACAUAGCAAUGAUAAAAAGAAUACCGCAUCUUAGUAAGCAAGAACAAGAGAAAAAAACAAAAUCCAUCAAAGUGCUAAUGUUUAGCAAAUGCCUAAGGAAACAGAUGUGCCUUCAAUGGGUGCAGAAAACCUCAAGAAUUGGUGCCAACUGUGUAUUGGAAUUCCCUUCCCUCCAUAGUCAGUGGUAGCGCCUCAUAUGUGCAGCUACCUCCCUACUGAGGUGCAUCUGGCCCUGUUUCUCUAUAUAUUAGGUGACUAAUUAAGAUGCAUUUUUUCAGCUUGCAUUUGGAGGAGAGACUCAAUCACUGCUGCUAUUAGUAACUUUUUAAAGAGUGAUUUGUUGUGUGUUUUUAAGGAUUUUGUUAUUUUAUGCAUUUCUAUCUAUUUGCCUGUAGUAGACUUCCCUUUGGCUUGAAUAAAUAAAUAAAAUUAUUGUGUGCAGCAUGGGAAGAAUUCAUGGGGAAACAGCUCCCAUGCUGAUGUAGUUAUGUGCAAGUUAGCCUUUUAAGUUACCUAAAUCCUGCUCUUUCAUCUCAACUCAACAUAGCUUUUAAAAUAAUGUUCCUCUUAGCAAAAUUUCUAUCUAUUAUUCCAGUUCCACUAAAGAAAUACUGCAUGUUAUUCAUUUUGCCACAAGAUAUUGGUUGAAAGCUCUGGAAUGUCCUCUGAGGUAGGGUUGCAAUAUUGCUCCGUGGAUAUAUUUCCAAAAAAGGUGCAAAACAUUUUUCUUCUGGAGGGUAUUGUGAUGUUUUGGAUUCUUCAUUUUAUAGAGGCACAAAUAACACUAAUCAGGCAGGUUUAACUUUUAUAAAUAAGAAAUAAAAAAUGCUAUGUUUCAGGAUGGAAACCAAUUUGUAACUGACAUGGGCAUGCUCAGGCUCAGAUUAUUUUAUGAUUCCUCUUUUGCAGUGUUACUUACACUACUGAAAUGACACUGUCUUUCCCUUUUUCCAUCCUCUGCAUUCCAUGGCAAGUUAGACGGAGUGGUUUUUAGUCCAGUAGAUAGAGCAAAGCGCCUUGGAAACGCCUGAUAGUGUUGUAGGAGCUGUUUGUGCAGAAACAUCAAAGACGGCUAAUCUCUUGCUUUUCGGAAGCUUUGGCUCAAACAUCACUCUGCAGGUAUUAUGUCAUUCAUGCUCUGGUGUUGAUUGGGUUUUUCCCUUCUCUUUGCUUCUAAAGGAUGUUUUAUUGCUCAGUCAAUUCAUAACCUCUGAGGGAAGGAUGCUGCCCAGGAGAGUCACAGGCCUCUGUACGGAAGAGCACAGAAAGGUUGAAGUCUGUGUGAAAAUGGCUCAUCGAGCAGGUAACUCGUUUUGUUUGGGAGCUAACUUCAGUUUUUGAGGCUUCCUUGCGUUGGAAUGCAUUACAUGCAAAAACUGGGCUGCCAAAGAUAACUGGGACUCAGCGACCCUAUAAUGAUCAAAAGGAUUUGCCCAUCCUGAGUUCCUUGCUUCUUAAGAAUGCUUCCCAGACUACUGCUUUGCAAUGCCACAGAGUGUCAGUCCAACUAUGAUUUUCUGAGUAGUUAAUGGCUACCUGUUACUGGUUAAUUAAACCCUUCUUUUGAUGCAUAUGACAACUCACAAUGAGUUAGGCUAGCUAGGCAGUGGUGUAACAUUGUAGAGCCCAUUGAUUGUUUGGAUUUUGAAUCCUGUUAGUGCUCCAGGUAUAACAGAGCAAAACAGCAGCAGAGCUGCCAGGAGCCUCCCCACUGCCCCUCUUCUCCUUACGUUCUUUGACCUUAAUACUAGGCAGGCUCCCAUAUGCUGUGUGUGAAAUAAACCAUUCAGGAGGACACAGAGGAAACAGACUCCUGUUUUCUAUAUUGGAAUGUUGCCCAGUAUGGCUAGAGAUUUACCAUCGGCAACAUUUUGAUACAUACAGGGAGUCUAGAAACCAGUUAGGUUGCAGUUAUUUUGCAGUAUGUCAAACAGAUCUCCUUUUUGAGGAAAAAGAAAAACACUGCUACAGUGAGAUGUUGAGGCUUUUAGUUUUGGACUAAGAGAGAAAGUUGAAAAUUUUGGUCAGUUUUGGUGACGUACUUUGGUGAAUAGAUGGAAUCUGAGUGAGAUUUCUAUUAAUAAAUGUGUUAGUGAUUUUUUGCUAUGGCAACUCAAAGCAACUUACAAUAUUUUAAGCAAAAACAAACACAUACAUACAUUAAAACUAGCAUUUUAAAAAUAUAAUUCUAUUUAAAUAAUAAUUUGGGGAUUGGUAUGUUACCUAGAAUAGCCUGUGGCAUCCCACUCGGGGGGGGGGGUGUAUGUACUUUAGCUGUGAUCUUAUGCAUACAUUAUCUACUCAAACUGACAUCUCAAUCUCUCCCACUCCUCGACCCCAAUUUUUAGGUUUGCUGCCAAAUCAUAAACCUAAACUUCCCGAAGGUUUUGUUCCAAAAAACAAGAAACCAAAGCUCAACAGGUCAGUUUUCCUCUGAAAACAGGGGUGUUGUUUUUGUUUUCAGAAUUAGAAUGCAUGGAGUGAAGGCCACAAACUUAUUCAUGAGCCAGACCUUAUAAUGUAACAUCUCUCAAAAUGGGAAGCAGGCCUUUCUAGCCCUGGGGAGGAGAGAGCGCAAGCAGCCUCUUUGUGCUAUGUUGGUGAUAAUGUGACUGGAUUUGUUGAAUGAAAAGAGUGGAAUUGCCAACUGCUGACUGGUGCAGGCCUGGUUGCCAAGUGCUUGAGGUGAACUGGAGCAGAGAAAUGAGAUAUUGAGGGCUUAAGACAUGGGCAGGGGAUAAGUUUGAGAAAUGCUGCAGACAGGUUGAUAUUUCCAUUCUUCAUUUUUUUCACACGAACGAACCUGCUUAUAUUGACCUUGUAAAACGUGUGUGUAUGUGUGUGAGAGAGAGAGAAGGUGCCUUCUUUAUCUUUCCUCUCUCUCCCAUUAAUUCUCUUGCCUACUGUCAACUUUGAAGGAGCUGAGUGCCAUUUAAGAAAAAUGGAGCUGGGGAAAACAGUCGCUGCCGUCUUCUGUGCUGGUGUGAGCUUUGAAAUAGACAGGCUGUCUAGGUAUUGGCAGUGGGUGGUGGACGGGACAGGAAAGAGGAGCUCAUUAGAUUUGUUGCCCUCUUUGUCCUGUGCCUGUUCCUCUUUUGUCUACAGUUUGUAGUUCACCCGCGGUUUGCCCUUCCUCUGUCGCACUCUUCCUUCUCCAUCCUGCCCUCCCUCCUUGCCAAGCAGCCCCUUGCCCCUUAAUGGGGGAACUUAAACCCCCUGUUGCCUCUUUUGCUUUGCUCUGUGUUAAGAGGUGCUAAUCCCCUAUUUAUGACCUCGCCUUCUGUUUCCAUGGGGAUGUCAAAGCAGUUUAUGAAGUUCAUAUUAGCAAGCUGUGGGGUUACUAAAGGCCACAGGCACGUUGCUUGAGAAAUCAGAGGCUCCAGGCUUUCAGCACAAGAUGCCUCUUGCAGUGUGGGCCUAACCCUUGGUAGUCCAUUUCUCUUAAGAUGUUGUGCUAUAGGCCAGUGUUUCUCUCUGAAGAUCAUGUUCUGUGCAAAUAUUGGGGAAGAGUCUAAGUGUGGCACAUGCCUGAGGUUUGAAAAGGAAGACUCCUGCCGCUCCACAGCUUUGCUUUCAGAAUAUCAAAUCUGUAUCUUGCAAGUUUCACACAUUGAUUUAUUAACUCCAGGGUGACUCCCUGCAGCUGUGAAAUAAUGCCUACUAGAUGAAGGCAGGAAGUGAUGAAUUCUAGUCCCCUGCCCCCCUCCAAAUUUGAAUAGGCAAAAGGAGUAGUCGCUCUGUCUGGCAUCACAUCUACAACAACGUUAGUUUUGGUAUCCCUGCUUCAUCUCCUGUCCUUGCUUUCCUUUGCUUUUCCCACCACCCAGAAGGAAUCUGGGAGAGAUGGGGGUGAGUGGGGAGCUCAAGGAGAAAGCCAGAAAUGGAUCUGGCAACAGAGCCAGGCAGCCAGGGAGGAACAAGGGCUGAUAGUUGAAUGUGGAGAAGGCAUUAUUAGGGUGGGAUAGUUAAGGAAAGUAGAUACUAAUAUUUAUGGGGGCUGCUUGGAGUUCUGCUUUUUAGGAAUGCUACUCCAGUUCAUCAGGGUAUUGUCUCUGUCGGCUGGAGGUAGAAAAUUCUGCAUUUUUGGAGCCUUGCCAUGUCUCAACCGCUACAGCAGUGUUGAGGGGUUUGGCUCUGUGCCUACCCCCACCUGUGCCUCCCACGUUGAUCUCUGGAACAGCCAGUGAUGCAAAGGACAGGAGACUUUUUAACCACUUCCUUUCUACAGCCCUAGGGGGGUUAGGUCAUGACACUCUGUCCAAACUGCCAUGUCCCAUUUUCUUUAGAGCAGCUUCAAAAGAAGCAAUUUUGUUUAAGGUACAGGCCCCAAGCUUGAAAGUUGCCGUGUUCAGCUCUGCUGCAGUCUUGUUUAAGUACCUCCAUCUUCGGUGCUUCUUGCUUCCACCUGUAAGACUUACAUAAUUUGCAAUGUCAUAAAUCACAGUGUUUAAAAGGGGGAAGAGUGCUAAGUGACUGGGUCUUCGGUAGGAAAUAGAGAGACAUUUUCCUGCUGAAAAGAAAGAUCAAUAUUUUGGGGACUUUCAUUUCUCUACUCCUCUUGGUCAUCUCAUCUGCCAUUACUGCCUUUGAGCUACUAAGUCUUGAAGUGCCAUCAAUUGAACAGACCACUGCAGGUCUUUAGUAUAGGAGAAAUAAUGUUUUUUUGCUUUGGAAACACCAGAUCUCUUAGCUCAAGGCUUCCUUUAGCAUAGCUUGUUCAGACUUUUCAGUUUGCUUCCCUUCUCCAAGCAAAAGACAAAGGAAACAAAAGAUGGAUACAUCUGUUCCCUCCACAGGUGGCUUUGCCUCACACAUUGAGCCUGUUCUGUCCAUGGUGAUCAAAGUAGCUCCUUGAAAAUGCAGCAGGCUCCUCAUGCUUACUUGAGUUAGCAAGCAGGUCCUUCAUCUGAAAUGCCACCAUAGAGUUCUGAAUAUUUCUCCAAGGAAGAAUUGGAAAAGUGACAGAAAAGCUGUGCAGUGGCUCUGACUUGACUGAUGGAGUCCCACUGGUUACAGCUUGACUAGAUUGCCUUCACACAAACACAAGAAAAUGACCUUGGAUGCUUUUCAAAAAGAGUGGUCUUAUUGUGGUUCCAUUAACACACUUUUAAUAUACAGGAAUAUAUUUCCCAAGAUAAAGUUAAUUAAAGUUGAAAGGGGGUGAAGUAAGCAAAUCCCUGAUUAGUGUGUGUGUGUGUCCCACCCAAUCAUUCCUUUCAACAACACCCCCCAAUGAUCUCACCAUACAUUAAAACGAAUUGACCCAGAAAGCUGUUUCCUUAAUAAAAUUGCCGUCCUGUGUCUGGUAGGCAGUUUCUGCGGGGUCCUUAUUUGCAAUAUGAACAAAUUGUUCAAUAGGAAGAUGUAUCCCUGCUCCCUUUUCUUUAUAUGUACUGAGAGAAGAAGGCAUAAAAAGCUUAAUCAGAAAUAACAGUUCAUGAGAAAUGGUUGUUUAAAAACGUUAUAGACUAUAUAUUGAACAUGUUCAGAUCUUGUGAGAGCAGCUUGCAGUGCUACCUGAAAAAUAUCAGAACUGAGAAAUUUCUCCCACUAGAGUUUGUGUGUCUCAGAUCCUAUAUUUCAUUCACACAAGCAUUCAGAAUUUUCCAUCUUACCACCUCAUAAUAAGACAGGAAGAGGUUUUUUUCUGUUUUUUUCUUUUUAUUCUCUCAGAAUGAAAAGUCAGGCAUACAGUGUGUGUGACUUCAUGGGAAAUUCUGCUUUACAUGUAAUGGGUAAAUGGUUACUUUAACCUGAAGGCCACUUUCCAUGCCCAUUUCCCCCUCAAAAUUCUUUUCAUUGUUCCCCCUAAGCAAAGAGAUAAGUAACCCAUUGAGCUGUCUUUGUCUGGCCUGGUGCCCUGACUGUACAAAAGCUUGGAGUUCUCUCUCAUGGGACAGUGGGAAGAAGCUGGCUGAUAUCAGAUGGCACUGACCAACCAACUGGGCUUGGGGGUAAAUGAUCUGCUUGAAAACAAGAAAAGUGAUUCUGAAAUGGAAAGGACCAAAUGACGAAAAGUUCAGGCUGUAUCUAUAAUGCAAGCUAUAACGUUCAAGCACCAGCCCCCAAACCAGAACUCCCAAACCACACACAUCUUGCAGCCAGAUGCUCACAGAGAAUUACCAUCUACAUGAAACCUCAGAUUGAGGUCAUUUAAAGUUUUGUAGUGAGAUACCAUAAGUUUAUUUUAUAUCACACCUUACUUCCAAGGAGCUCAGCAUACAGCUCUGCUUCUCACUUUCAUGGGGUUUGACAGUCUCCCUCACCAUUCACAAUGCUGAGUGUUUAACCAGGCUCUGGAGAGUGAGAUGAGUCCAAGGUUUCCUCCAGUGAAGGUUGAUGAAUUCCAUCCCCUCCCCAUUCCAAAUUUGUGGCAGAAGCCUGACAUUGUUUUUGCUCUGCACUUGGCAGGUGCAAGUACACAGCAGUAACAAGCCUCUGCCUACCCUCCUCAGCUCCAGGCUGGAGAGGAUGGUGCGUCGGUUUGCACUAUGGGCUCAGAGCAUUCUCCCUGUUACACACUUUCAAGAAUGGAGGUAGAGCAAGCCAACAUGCCUAUAGCUCAGAGCUAUAGAUGGGAGGCAGAGGGGUGGGGUUUCCCUCUGAUCCUGACAAGUGCUCAUUAUCCCUUGCUGGUGCUCUGGUGGCAAAAAUGGAUGAACCUAAAGUGUUGAGAUUCAGGACCGACAAAAAGAAGGACUUCUUUGCAUAACAAAUCAUUAACAACAGAAUCUGCUACCUCAAGUUAUAGUGAUUGCCAUCCACUUGAGCAACUUUAAAAUGGAUUAGGCAGAUUCAUGAAGGAUAAAACUGACAAUGGCUAGUCAUGAUGGCUCUGUACUACCUCCAGUGUUGGAAAUAGUAUGCCUUUGAAUACCAGUUUCUGGGAACAUGAGUGGGGAGAGCGCUGUUGCAUUCAUGCAUUGCUUAUGCUUGCAGUGGGCGACCUGAUACCUAUGGCAACAGAAUGCCGGACUGGUUCGGCUGCUGGCAUGUUAUAGUGGACAGCCCUCCGCCCUUCUCCUUUCAUUGUUUGUCCCAUAAUGGGAAUGGCUAAGGUGAAUAGCAAACUUUUUAAAAGAUGUGAUUUCUGUGUAGAAACUCCUAUAGUUCCAUAAACCAAAUGUUAAUAUGUGCAUUUGCACAUUCCAAGGAUUUCUAUAAGUUUCUAGCUUAAUGAUUCCCAAACCUUUUUCUCCAUAGACCAUUUGAAAAUUGCUGAGAAUCUUGACAGGCCACUUAGGGAUUUUUUUGCUUGUUGUAGCAAUUUUAAUGCACUGUGAUAGGUGCUUUAUAAUUUUAAAUUGUAUUUUCACAGACAGGCUGUGGGUCACCUGAAUGAAGCUCAGACCACCAGUGGUUCACAAACCGCAGUUUGGGAACCCCUGUUCUAGGCUACUGAAACUGUUUUUGUUGUGUUCAUCUAUGUUGGUGCAGACCAACUAUAUGUUAAUGCCAUUAUAAUGUUUCGAGCCUUGUUGAGCCAUUCAUAAAAAUUGGCACGGGGAGGAGGGGAGGGGUAAACACUUUUGUACCAGAAUCAAUUUGGCAAGUAUUAGCAAGCUUUCAUAUGUUUAUGUUCUUCAGUUUGGACAUGGUAUCUGAUCAGUUGUAGUUGUAUUAUGAUGGGCUUAUAACUGAGACAUGGUGACUGGUCCAAGAAUAGCCUGUGAGCUUCAUAGGCAAGUGGAGGUUUGAACCCUGGUCUUCCAGAUCUUAGUCCAACAUUCUAACAAUUGCUGCCUAGCUAUUUUACUUGCAUGAAGUUAAAUUCAUAAUUGCUGUAGAUGGUAAAAGUAAUACUCAUUGUAUCGGUGGAUGUACUAAGACCAUAUUUGUAUAUUGUGCUGUGCUUCUCUGAAAACAAUAGAAAGUACCAUAUUUUUCGCACCAUAGGACGCAGUUUUUCCGUCUUAAAAACUAAGGGGGAAAGUCUGUGCGUCCUAUGGAGCAAAUGCAGGGGGGGAGGCAGUCAGGAAAAGCCCCCAAGAGCCACACACAAGCUUCGUGGGGCUCUUGCAGGCUUUUCCCCAGGAGGGAGAAGGGACUGACACGGUCAGUCAGUCCCUUCUCCCUCCUCUAGAAAAGCCUUGCGCAAUCUCUCCAGCCGGGGGGAGGCUGCGCAAGGCUAAAGAGGACGCCUGGGCAGCGAGCGCAAUCCAUCCCCUCGCUGCCCAGGCUUCCUCUUUAGCCUUGCACGCCUCUCCAGCCGUGGGAGGCUGCGCAAGGCUAAAGAAGCCAACUUUUAAAAAAUCUCUCUAUCUCUAUCUCUACCUCUUUUUCUUUUUUCGUCCUUUCUCCACCCCCUUCUUUUCCUCUGGAUCAGUGUUUUUAUCUAGAUUAACGUUUUAGUUUGGAGGGGGGGAUAUUAUAAAAAAGGAAACUUUGCAGCUUUUAUUUUAGUAUACAAUAAAAACAGAUUAAACAAAACAUAAAAGGAAAUAGCACAGAAGAAGAAGAGAAAAGGGAAAGCCAUUUACCAGAGGUAGAUCUUAACCCUUGCCUCACCUGGGAGCUUCUCUGGGCAGGAAUUCCCUCGGCUUAAGUGGGGUGGGGGGAGAGUGGCAGGUAGGGGGGGUACCUACCUAGACACUGAAGCCACAUGUCUCUCCAAUGAAAAUUGGGAGUGGGCAUUGUGUGAAGUGGCUGUGGAUCUCCUGCCGCAGAAGUGUAGGACUGUAUAGAGUUGGGAGGGCCACCCGAGGGUCAUCUAGCCCAGCCCCCUCACAAUGUAGGAAUUACAGCUAAAGUACGCCAGGCAGAUGGUCCCCCAACUGCUGCUUAAAAGCCUCCAUUGGUGGAGACCCCCAACACCUUCCAAGGUCAUAGAAUUGCAGGGUUGGAAGGGAACCCCAGGAGUCAUCUAGUCCAGCCCCGGUGGACAGCGGGCACGAUCCAUCCUGUUGCACAAGGCUAAAGAUGCUGCUCAAGGCUAAAGAGGAAGCCAGGGCAGUGAGCGGGAUGGAUCGCACUCGCUGCCUUGUCUUCUUCUUUAGCUGCGCUGGAGAGGUUUAGCUCCUGGCUGGAGAGGUUGCACGGCUAUGGAUCCCGCUCGCUGUCUUGGCUUCUUUGCUCUUUGGGGCUGGGGGUGGGACCCAGGCUUCCCCCGCAGCCCCGAGAAGCUCUGGGAGAAGUGGACAGGCUGCACGCAGCCUGCCCCUUGCUCUUUGGGGCUGGGGGGGGGGAAUAAUAUUUUUCCCCUUGAUUUCCCCCCUCUAAAAACAGGUGCGUCCUGUGGUCCGGUGCGUCCAAUAGAGCGAAAAAUACAGUAAUUGCAGCAUGCUUUUUGAAGGUCAAUGGAUGCUAGACAAUUUAGGCUCAACAGGAUCACAGUCCAAUUUAGGAUCAACAGGAUCACAGAGUUUGUAACCUGAAGCUUUCGUAACCUGAGGCGUUUGUAACUCGAGGUAACACUGUAGUUGUUUAUUUCCUUGACAUCUGAUGGGAGGGCAUUCCACAGGGUAGGCGCCACUACCGAGAAGGCCCUCUGCCUGGUUCCCUGUAACCUCACCUUUCCCUGUUGCAGGAAAAGACUCACCUUGGGAUUUUGUCCAAAAUAAAUGCCCACAAGUAUCAACCUGGAUUUUUCUGGUGUUGCUUGGCUUGAAUUUUUGAAAAGAAGAGAUAAAGGAACUGUAGUAUCUCUCUUAUUGCCAAGUGUACCACUGAUGACUGUAUUUGGAAAUUAGGGACAUGUGGAAACCCUUUUCCUCUGCAGAAAAUUAGUUUCACCAAAGUGAAAUGGGGUUAGGCAAAGAGGGAAUGUUUGGCGUAGCAGAGACUGCCUCCAGCCCGAGGGAAAUGCUUGUUUUUCUCCCAUGCCAAAUCAUCAACAUUAAAAGGAGUAAAUAAACAGGGGCAUUUUUUAGUUUUGGACAAAGCAUGUUUGAAGUAGUAAAAGUAAAGUGUGUUCCGUGAAGGGCAUAUGUCCAAAAGUCUGUUUCAGCUAACAGUGAAAAGCCCCCAGUCGGCUUGCUGUUCACAAAAGAAGCCACAGGCCUGGACCAGAGAGUUGGAUUAACCUGCUUAAGAAAAACAAUAAAAGCUUUAAAAUUUGGCCUUUGCUAAAUCCCUUUUCCUUCCCAGAAUUGGAGUGUGUGCCUCCCAAGGCUCUAAUUGAAAAUGGAGGGAUGUCUUAAGCCAUUGACUUCAACAUAACUACCUCUCAUUGCUUGUGUACCUCCAGAUUUCCUCUUCCAGUGAGAUCAUUUAUUAUCAAAGGAGCCUCCUUUCCUCCAUUAAAUGCCUAUAAAAGUUGUUUGGCAGGUUACAUUGGUAUCCUCCUCAACCGUUAAAGUGAACAGGCAGUGUCUCCACUGGAUUUUAUUUAUAAUCCAGUGGAGAGCCAGUGUUGUGUAGUGGUUAGUGUAUUGGGUUUAUCAAUCAGGAUUCAAAUCCCCACUCAGCCAUGAAGCUCACUGGGUGACCUUGGGCCAGUCACUCACUCUCAGCAUAAUCUACCUACGGGGUUGUUGCAGCAAUAAAAUGGGAGCGAGAACUGUGUAUGCCACCUUGAGUGCCUUUGGGGGAAAUACCGUAUUUUUCGCUCUAUAACACGCACCAGACCAUAACACGCACGUAGUUUUUAGAGGAGGAAAACAAGAAAAAAAUAUUCUAAACGAAAUAGUGGAUAUAUGAUUUUUGUGGUUCAUGCUGUGGCCACAGACAUGUGAUCUGACAGUGAGUUUGGAGUAGCCCAAUGCAAAAAUCCUGAGGAUCCAUGUGGAUCCAUGCUUUGUAACCACGGAGGAGGGAAGGAAGGGGAACCAUGGAUCCUCUGCUCACGACUGCAGCAGAUUCCCCCCGCCACCCACAGGCAUUCGCUCCAUAACACGCACAGACAUUUCCCCUUACUUUCUAGGAGAAAAAAAGUGAGUGUUAUGGUGCAAAAAAUAUGGUAAAUUGAUGUUUGGCCUUCAGGUAAAACAAAUUUACCCACUUUCAAUGAAAUACCAGUAGAGCAUUUCCAGAAUGAACUAGAGUUUUUAAAUUUCAGUUGUCCUUCCUAGAUUGACCCCACAGACCCAGCUUUCUCCUUUUCUGCCCAGAAUUAAACACAAAGGCUGGUUUGAGUUCAUGCGUUGGGCUGAUUAAAAAAAAUUUUUAAUUGGUGCUCCUUUUGCAUAAAGCAUAAUAUACUUCUGCUAAUUCCUUGCUGCUGAUCUUUUUGACUUGUACCUGAAGUGGCUUCUGCACUAAUGGACCUGUAAUACUAGCUACUGCCAUGUGCUGAGGAUAGAGGGUUAUUGCUGAGCUUCCCUUUGGAAGCUCUUUUGUUUCUGAUGCUGACAGCGUUGAAUGCAGAAUGCAGUCUGUUUUUUCACUUGGUUUGAAAAGCUCUUUGGGAUCCUUUGUUGUGAAAAAUGCUGGAUUAAUGUGAGAGGUUUUUGUAUGUUCCAUAACUGCUUGGUGUUGUUGAGAUUUCAUUACCAUUUUACAGGCCCCCAAAGCUUGCUCGGCACUUCACUGAUCAAAUAAAUUACACUAGGAUCUGCCCAGAGCACUUAACAUCUAAAUUUGCAUGGUGCAACGAAGACAGGAUGACCAAACCACAGGGAUGGAGGGGGCAUACUGGGGUCAUAAGACCAUGUUACUGCUCACCAGAGAGUUGUGUGCUCAGCAGUGUUGCAUUUUUUUUCAGAGAAGCAGAUCAGUUCCAGUUUUGGACUGAGCCAAGGUCUAGUGGUGCAAAUUACACUGUGGUCAUGUUUUUAGUGCUUCAGUGCUCUUGCAAGACUACAUAAGAACCUAGCCUGCUUCCUCUCUCCUCCCCCAACCCAUCUGCUUGCACUGAAGAACAGUAGUUCUCCACCACCAUGCUGAUAGACCAGCACCCCCAAACCAUUUACAGAAUGGCUUUCCCUGCUGUUUUGAUGCAUUUGGCUGAUCUAUUGAUUAAGGAAAUAUUCUGUAUUUUAUCAAUGCAAUUUUAUUGUUGGCUUUCAUGUUGUUUACCACCUUUUAAAAAGGUUGGUGGUAUAGAAUGUUUUGCAAAUAAAUAAAUGACAAUUGUGCUAAUGUAGAUUGAAAACCAAAAUACUAGUUGCUUAUGGUAAAAAUGAUCUCAACCACCAUGUAUUUGCAGCCUGAGAACGUGGGAAAGCUGCUUGAAUGUAUUUGGCUUGCCAAUCAAGACUAAUAAAAGCUAGCCAGAGGGUGGGUGCUGGGAGUGGUAAAUGCCUCCUGAGUUGAUGUGUCAGGCUGUUUUAAAUGGUUGGGCAGGGGUUGCUCCCUGCUUAAGAGGUCCUUUCUGCACCCUGAAGUGUUGGACAACUCACCCAGUUGCUAACAUCCCCUUUUGUGGCAGGGUUCUGGAGACGGUGGUGGUGGCUCAGCUUCACACAUGCUUGGAGGACACAUUUUCUAGAACCAUUUCUGUCUGGAUUGGAUUCACAGCUAGAAUUAGUGCCAAGACUUUCUUGGUAGCCCUAACUGUUCACCUUUGUUGGGGAAGAGACAAGUAGAGUGCAACCCUGUUGAUUCUCUUUGAUCUCUCAGCAGCCUUUGAUACAAUUGACCUCUUGAAACAGCUCUGAGGGUUGGGCAUUGGAGGCUCAGUAUUACAGUGGUAAUGUUCCAGGACAAUUUCCAAUAGCAAUGGGGGACUUCUGUUCUGGGGUCCAGAAGUUGUAAAGACAAUCUGUUCGGGAUAUGGUUACACUCCCCUUGAAAGAGUAAAUGGGGUACUCCUUGAUCUACAUUUAUACUUGGAGGCCAGGUGGCCACAAUGACAAGGAUUGCCUGCAUUCAGCUAUAUGGCUGACUUGCCAACUGUGUCCAUUCCUGAGCAGAGAAAGCAUGGCUACAGAAAUCCACCCUUUGUUAACCUCCAGAUUUGGCUAUUGCAAUAUACUUUAUGUGGGACCGCCCUUGAAAAUGGAGGCUGAAAUUGGUGCAGAAUGCUGCUUCCAGGGUGCUGACAGACACUGCCAACCAGACUCACAUAACAUCAGUUUUCAAGCUGCAUCUCUUUGUUUUGCAGAUUCUGUUUCCAACACUAGCAAAUCAAACAGAAUCCUACAAGAGCCUCACUAUAGUCUCUUAUAGGCAUGUGUGAAAAUACGUUCUCCUGCCAAAUUCUUAUUCCCAAGCAGAAAGAAAACUUAACCUAGUUUCUUAGGAAAAUAGACUUAAUUCCUUUGGAGACUCUCUAAUGAAUCUGGCCUAUUAUGUAGUUGCCUUGUGCCUGCAGCUUAUGACUCUGUAGAGCUUGGGGUCUUCCCAAAAAGAUGAAACGGGAGGAAUACAUUUGAAACUGGCCUUUGAUGCAGUCAAAAAAACCUGACAUCCAGCUAUAGCCAGUCAGAAUUGGAACCUGCCAGAGGCUUAAGUCUGUAUCUGAUCUAUUUUAAAUAUUGAAAUGGAGAAGGGGGUGAGUGAUCAUGAUUCAGAAACACUGUACAUGCCCCAAGCCGCUCUUGUAUAACAACAGCUAGUAGGGAAGGGGAACAGGAGCUGCAUUUAUCCUGUCAUAGGCUACACGGGUCCUUGCCAAAGUCCUUGCUGCUGAGUCAAGCAGCUCUGGGUCUGUGCAGCUUCAGUGAGUUGCACCCACUGUCACAACUAAGAGAUGCAGCCCACUUGCUCCAAGAUGUUCAGUUUCUUUUUGUUAAAAACCCAUUAGAAUAAGACACCAAGAUUGUUGCACUAUGCUUCAUAGUGCCCCAGCAUUCACUCUUGUACAAAUGAAACCGAGAACCCCUUGAUGUCAGACCUUUUCUCAAUUGUGAGUGUCACUCAUGACCUCUUUUCUGCUUCUCUUCACAGGUACCUUACCCGAUACUCUAUCAAAUCUGUGCGGCCCAUUUGGAACAAGGGACACAAGUGGUGCAAGGUUCCCAUGCCUAUAUCGCACCCUAUACUCCGUGAUAAUGUUACUUAUGGGUCAAAACCUCUUCGUUUUAACCACUAGGAUGGUGUAGAGCUAGUGUUGACAGCAAAUUACAAUAGUUGUGGCUCAGUAUUUGUCAAUCCAUUACAGGUAUUUUUAUGUCUGGUGCUCUGGAAAGAGCCAAAUGAACAUUUUUCCUCCGGAAGCAUACAGGAAUUUUCAGAAAAGAGGCAACUUAAUGGCUAAGUAGAAUUGUCAUUUAACUGAAAGAUGCAAUAGAUGUUGCUUCAGGAUAACAAAACUUUUAUCUUCCUUUAUUUAAAUCCCAAUUAAACUCUUGAGUCGACUCCUAGUGCUGUGUACUGUUUCAGUUCUUUGGGUAGCUUCUACCUCUUGAACAUGUACCAUAGAGAAAGAAUUUGUAACUCGCUGCUCAAGUGGAUUUCCCCCCUUCCGUAGUGAUGUCCUUAAUUGACAUCAAUAGCUGGUGUCUAUUACUGCUCAUGAUGCUGAUGGGAGGAAGACAAUUAAAGCAGAAUAAAAAUCCCAUUGUCCUGUCCCCGUCCCCCCCCCACACACAAAAUCCUACAGGAGUGCCAUGUGUAAACUUAGGAAGAAUAUUUACUGCAAAGUAGUUCCCCACAGAUGCAAUAAAUACACAUUCAGCUUCAGUCUUCUGAUCAGUUAUAUAGGUCCACUUCAGCCUUGAGAGAAAAGCUUAUGAUCUUGAGGACAAAAAUGAGAUUAAUAUUUGUGAAACCAAAAGGAGAUUCUGGGAACAGUACAGCCUGCAACCAGUAUAGACAAAAUCAAACAACUUAAUUUUGUAUGCCCCCUUUCAUCUGUAGCCUAUGAUUUGCAUACUUUUUGUCCUGUAAAAUUUUGAGUAUUUCAAGGUGAUGAGGUAGAUUGGGGGAGUAUUGCUAUAGCCAGGUUGCUGGGAAACAUGCACAAGGGAGCCUUAAAUGGUGAUGAUGGGGGGAAGCCUGGAUAGAAGUGAGGCAACUAGUAUCACACAACUGUAGUUGUCACUUCCUCUACAGGCUACUUUAGUUUCUAUGCUGGGGAAAUGCUCUGGGUCAAAAAAAAUAGGCUUAAUUCUUUCUGCUGCUCAGCUCUAAUGCUUGUUUUAUUGCAGCCACUAUUUUGAGGCACUGGCCAGCAGUCUUUUAGAUCUACCAGCUCACAGUAAUCCCUCCCUACCUGAACCUAUUAACCAAAGUCAUCAGACACAGCAACAUUCCUAAAAGAGCCACUGGAGAGAAUGGUAUUUUUGUAAUGGCUUUUUUAUGCUGCAAGUGAAACCUUCUAGAGAGGACGUGUGCAUUCUAAACUUCAUUUUCACACACAAUUACAUCUCAGAAAUACAUGCAACUUAUGGAAUCUGUGAAUAUGUGCAGUCAGCCCAAUAUAAUGUAUAAUGAAAGCAAAAAUAAUGUCCAUAAAGUAUCAAGUGCUGAAGUACUGUACACGAAGAAUGAUUGUACUACAGCCUGAUUUUGUUGGUGCAAUUGGAAAAGUGAUGUGUGUUUAGAAAAUGUGCAUAAUUAAAGGAAAAGUUGGAGUCCAGAGCAAA